UUGUUUGUCAUACAUUUCUUUUUUUUUUUUUUUUUUUUUUGAGACGGAGUCUCGCUGUCGCCCAGGCUGGAGUGCAGUGGCGCGAUCUCGGCUCACUACAGGCUCCGCCCCCCGGGGUUCACGCCAUUCUCCUGCCUCAGCCUCCCGAGUAGCUGGGACUACAGGCGCCCACCACCUUGCCUGGCUAAUUUUUUGUGUAUUUUUAAUAGAGACGGGGUUUCACCGUGUUAGCCAGGAUGGUCUCGAUCUCCUGACCUCAUGAUCCGCUCGCCUUGGCCUCCCAAAGUGCUGAGAUUAUAGGCGUGAGCCACCGCGCCCAGCCUGUUUGUCAUAUAUUUCUAAAGAACUCAGAAAAAAUAUUGGUUAUUUGAACUUUUUGACUUUAUAACUUUAAGUAAAUACAGUUGCUGUAUUAUGUACAAGGAUCUACAGCGAUUGUCUGAGCACCACAACUAAAACUUUCCUUAGAGAAUUGUAAAGCAUCUCUCACAAGAACCAACACUAAAUUAUAGCACUUUGUACAAAAGGAGAAUGGGCUGUUGAUAGUGUGUUCUUCAGUUUGCUGUUUUGAUAAAGGCCUUGACCAGUAAGUGUUGCUGUACUUAACAAAGCAGUUAUAACAGCAGGGAGAAUUCCUGAACUUAAGGUUUUGUUUAUGGAUGAGCAGCAAUGUUCAUACUUUGGGAACAUCUGGUUUACUUAUUAGAUAAAGGCUGAAAACAGUAGGUGAUCAAUAAAUGACAGCUAUUUAUAAAGUGGUUCUUAGUAAUAAGUGAUGAUACGUGUGUCUGGUGGAACUGAACAAUAGGAAUGGAGCAUUUUUCUGUGCCAGAGUACAACUGACCAGCUGUCUGCUCCAUAAAACUGGUCACUGUAGAUUUUUUCUCUCUAGUCUAGUUAACUUUGGGUACUGCUUGGUACAAAGUUUAAUUUUCAUUGAUAUAGGGCCUUAUGUAGAAGUUCAAAACCCAGUUCUGAAUUUCUGAACUCGCAUUUGUGCCGCUGUGGUCAUCAGAAAAAAAAAAAAAGGAACUGUUUACUAGGAAUUGGAAGAAAUAUACUAACUUUAAACCACUCACUGGCUAAAUCAGGGUUUCUCAAUCUUGGCACUGUUGAUAUUUUAGGCUAAAAACUUCUUUGUUGUUGGGGGUUGUCCUAUGAAUUGCAAGAUAUUUGGCAGCAUACCUAGCCUGUAUCUAUUAGAUAUCAGUAGCAUUCUUUCAGCUGUGACAACCAAAAAUGCCUCCAGACAUUGUCAAACGUCCUCCAGGAGGCAAAAUCACCCCUCACCUCCACAGAGAACUAUUGGGCUAAAGUAGUAGUCACUGAUUUGAACUUUGGUUAGUUGGUUGAUUUCAUCUAUUUUUGCUACUUUAUAGAUCAGAAGUUUUGUGGAACCCAAAUUAAAUACUCUUCCAAAGCAUAAUUAGGAAAGGUUAUUAUACUUCUAAGCAUCUACUAAAAGUAUUGCAACUGCUUGGUUAGCAGAUUCAAUUUUUAGUAGACAUUUGGCAUUAAAAGGUAAUCAAAGGCUAUGAAUUUUAUAUGAACAAAUUCAUUAAUUCUCCUUAAAAAACAAAAACAAAGCAAACGAGUCUUCAUAUAGCGACAAACAUGUGGAGUGGUCAUCAAGUCCCUGUAUCUUAUUCUCAGUUUAGUAGACUAAGAAAUUCAGUUUUAAAAUGUAUUUGCAAGUAAUUGUGCUCCAGGGAAAUUAUACAUGCAUUAGCCAAAUUCAUAGGAUACUGAUAUAACAACAUGAAUGUAACUGAUCAAUUUAUAAAAAGAAAUAUAACCAUCAAUAACAAUUGUUAGGCUGGCACAGUGGCUAAUGUCUGUAAUCCCAGCACUUUGGGAGGUUGACUACCUGAUUACCUGAAUUUGAAUUCUAAUUGGGAGGAUUGCUUGGGCCCAGAAGUUUGAGACCAGUCUAGGCAACAUAGUGAAACCUCAUCUCUAAAACAAUAAAAAUAAAAAUUAUCUGGGCAUGGUGAUGCACGCCUGUGGUCCCAGCUACUCCGGAGGCUGAAGUAGGAGGAUCACUUGGGCCCCAGGAGUUAGGGCUGCAGUGAGCCAUGAUCCAACCACUGCCUUUCAGCCUGAGUGAUAUAGUAAGAUCCUGUCAAAAAAAAAAAGAAUAACAGUUAUUCAUUUACAGUUAGUGCUUCAGUUAAGUAUUUUAUAUGGAUUAUCUCAAUCAAUGUAUUAGUUCUAGUAGCAUUUGACUACAGGAGCAUCUAAGCUUAGAAAAUUUAGGCCACACAGCUAAUAGGUUAUAGAAUUAGAAUUCAAAUUCAGGUAAUCAGACUCUAAAGACCAUACUUGAAAUGACAGGGGAAAUGGAUUCUUAGGUUUCCUAGUCAACUUAUCACACCUGUUACAUUAGAGGUUUUUUUCUUUUUCCCCGGAAUAUAAAGGUAAUAUAUAGAUGUUGUAGAAAAUGUAGACUGUCCAGGAUAAUAACAUCUACAUUCUAAUCAGAUAGACAUGACUACUGUCAACAUUUUGAUAUACUUUCUUCACUCUUUUACAUAUAUUGUAUACUGUAGCUGACCUCAUACUACAUAGGCAAUGUUAAAUAUUUUUAAAUAUUUAAAAUGUCUUUUCAUGAGGUAAUUUCCUCAGGUCAUUAAAAAUUCUUUGUAAACAUAAUUUUAAUAGUUUUAAUCACAUAUAUGCAGUAAUUAUUUUAACCAUUCUCUUACUGGUGGAUUUUCGACUUUUAUCAAUUUACUUACUAUGGUUAAGUAUCUUUCCAUAGAGAUCUUCAUCUUCUGGACUAUCUCCUUAUAACUUCCAAAAGAGAAAUGAUCAAAUUGGGUCAUGUGAACACUCAUAAGAUUCUUGAUAUGAUUUGACAAAUUACUUUCCAAAAUCUUUGUCCCAAUUUAUAUCCCUCCCAGGGUGUAAGGGUCCACUUCACUCUUCUGUCACCAAUGGAGUUUAUUCACAUUUUAAACAGAUUGGGUAAUUAGAUGCCUGACAAAUAACCUCUUUUUUGUCUCUAUUAUUAAUGACUUUGAAUAUUGAUGGUAAAAUGUGUAGUAGGCAUUUAAAUUUCAUAUUUUGUGAACUGACCAUUGUAUAUACUUUCCCCAUUGAUCUAUUUAAGGUGUUUGUGUCUUUUUUCUGUACUCUUUACCCUCACACUUUACUAUAUAAAUACUUCUGUCCCCAGUAUGCAUUUGUAUAUGUGAGUCUCUGCUACUAGACUGUGGUUCCCCAUGGGCAGGGGCCCCAUUUUAUUUUAUCUGUGAACAAUGCCUAACACAUAGUAGGAAAAAGGCAUACUGUACUUUGUAGAAUUAUUCUUAGGAUUAAAUGAGAUAAUGUAAGCAAAGCAUCUAACACAGUGUCACAAAGCAGAUGCUCAAUACAUACAUUACUUUAGGCAAUCAAAAGUUUGGCUAUUUCAUUUUGUUGUUUAGGAAAACCAAGGUUAAAGAUUAAGUAUCUUUCAAAGAUCAGGAACUAUAGUUGUAAACUGCAGAUUUAAGAUGCGAACCCUGAUUCUCAAAUCUUUCAUCACAAAUCAUAUGUGGCUGGAAUACUCGAAAAAUUAUAAUUCUUGCAAUUUUUUUUCUUUUUUGAGACUGAGUCUUGCUCUGUCGCCCAGGCUGGAGUGCGGUGGCUCGAUCUUGGCUCACUGCGACCUCUGCCUCCUGGGUUCAUUCAAUUGUCCUGAUUGUCCUGCCUCAGCCUCCCAAGUAGCUGGGAUUACAGGCGCCCGCUACCACACCCAGCUAAUUUUUGUAUUUUUAGUAGAGACGGAGUUUCACCAUGUUGGCCAGAUUGGUCUCAAACUCCUGACCUAAGGUGAUCCGCCUGCCUCGGCCUCCCAAAGUGCUGGGGUUACAGGCGUGAGCCACUGCGCCCGGCCAAUUCUUGAUCUUUCAAGAAUUGCAAUUUUUGAAAGAUCAGUAUGAACUGUGAGCUGUUUAACCUUUGAGGAACAGCUUUUUCCCUGUAUCUGUCUGUAUCUGAUCCCACAUGUAUGUCCCUUCCCUUGUUUUUAUUUUUUAGAGACACGGUCUGGUUCUGUUGCUCAGGCUGGAAUACAGUGUUGCCAUCAGAGCUCACCGCAGCCUUGACCUUCUGGGCUUAAGUGAUCCUCCCACUUCAGACUCCCAGCCAGUAGCUGGGACUGCAGGCACGCGCCAACACGCCCGGCUAAUUUUUUCAUUUUCAGUAGAGGCAGGGUCUUGCUAUGUUGCCCAGGCCCGUCUGGAACUCUUGACUUCAAGCGAUCCUCCCGCCUCGGCCUCUCAAAGUGCUGAGAUUACAGGUGUGAGCCACUGCGCCGGGUCUCUCAUUGAAAUUUAUAGUAAACUUGUGGUAAAAAUAGCAAAACUCAACAAGCACAUAUACAUCAAGUGAGUGACAUUUUAUGUCUCCAUCAGGUAAGUCAGCUUUUGCUUUUAGACAGGGAGACGGCUGUUCUAGCGGCCGCUUAAAAAAAAAAAUGCAGAACUAACGCAGCGAAGGGAAGGAAAGGGUGGCUGGGAAUGUCCAGUCAGCUGGAGAGGCUUGGAGCUCGGGGUUGGCUGGGAGCAUUUUGAUUGCUGCCAGGAGGAGGAAGGGGAAGCGGGGGAGGCGGGGGGGGCAGCGUGUUGUAAAAUCAGUUUGAAGUAAACAAAAAGUUAUGUUUUCCGAGGGGCCAGCAGCGCGGAGAACAGGCCCAGCCCGCUGCCGGGAAGGCGGGUCUGUCCAGUAGAGACCGGAACACCGCGCAGGCUCAGCGGAGGGCUAAGGCUGGGGCCGGGGAAGCUGCCUCUAGGUUAGCGAAGGGUAAAGGAAGUCAGACACUGACGCGAAUGGCCUCCCGAUCCCGCAGUCGAGUGGAAAACCGAGUCCCCAUCUAAGGCCGAAUCAUCAGGCGUCCCCGUCACCCUACAACCCACUCACGCACUUCCGGCAUACAAGAAUUAAAUUCUGAAUAAGUCUACAGGUAGGAUGGACAGUUAUUUUAAAGCAGCUGUCAGUGACUUGGACAAACUCCUUGAUGAUUUUGAACAGAACCCAGAUGAACAAGAUUAUCUCCAAGAUGUACAAAAUGCAUAUGAUUCUAACCACUGCUCAGUUUCUUCAGAGUUGGCUUCCUCACAGCGAAUUUCAUUGCUCCCAAAAGACCAAGAAUGUGUUAAUAGUUGUGCCUCAUCAGAAACAAGCUGUGGAACAAGUGAGAGUUCCCUGAAUGAAAAAACACUCAAGGGACUUACUUCUAUACAAAAUGAAAAAAAUGUAACAGGACUUGAUCUUCUUUCUUCUGUGGAUGGUGGUACUUCAGAUGAAAUCCAGCCUUUAUAUAUGGGACGACGUAGUAAACCUAUCUGUGAUCUGAUAAAUGACAUGGGUAACUUAGUUCAUGCAACUAAUAGUGAAGAAGAUAUUAAAAAAUUAUUGCCAGAUGAUUUUAAGUCUAAUGCAGAUUCCUUGAUUGGAUUAGAUUUAUCUUCAGUGUCAGAUACUCCCUGUGUUUCUUCAACACAUCAUGAUAGUGAUACUGUCAGAGAACAACAGAAUGAUAUCAGUUCUGAAUUACAAAAUAGAGAAAUUGGAGGAAUCAAAGAAUUGGGUAUAAAAGUAGAUGCAACACUUUCAGAUUCCUAUAAUUACAGUGGAACAGAAAAUUUUAAAGAUAAAAAGAUCUUUGAUCAGUUAGAAUCGAUUGUUGAUUUUAACAUGUCAUCUGCUUUGACUCAACAAAGUUCCAAAAUGUUUGAUGCCAAAGACAAGCUACAACACAAGAGCCAGCCAUGUAAAUUGCUAAAAGAUGAUGGCUUAGUAAAAGAGGAAGUAGAUGUGGCAGUCAUAACUGCUGCAGAAUGUUUAAAAGAAGAGGGCAAGACAAGUGCUUUGACCUGCAGCCUUCCGAAAAAUGAAGAUUUAUGCUUAAGUGAUUUAAAUUCAAGAGAUGAAAAUUUCAAAUUACCUGACUUUUCCUUUCAGGAAGAUAAGACUGUUAUAAAACAAUCUGUACAAGAAGACUCAAGAAAUUUAGACCUUAAGGAUAAUGAUGUAAUCCAAGAUUCCUCUUCAGCUUUACAUGUUUCAAGUGAAGAUGUACAGUCCUCAUUGUCCUGUCUUCCCACAUCUGGGUCUAUGUGUGGAUCAUUAAUUGAAAGUAAAGCACGGGGUGAUUUUUUACCUCAGCAUGAACAUAAAGAUAACAUACAAGAUGCAGUGACUAUACAUGAAGAAAUACAGAACAAUGUUGUUCUAGGUGGGGAACCAUUCAGCGAGAAUGAUCUUUUGAAACAGGAAAAAUGUAAAAGCAUACUCCUUCAGUCAUUAAUUGAAGGGAUGGAAGACAGAAAGAUAGAUCCUGACCAGACAGUAAUCAGAGCUGAGUCUUUGGAUGGUGGUGACACCAGUUCUACAGUUGUAGAAUCUCAAGAGGGGCUUUCUGGCACUAAUGUCCCAGAGUCUUCUGAUUGUUGUGAAGGUUUUAUUAAUACUUUUUCAAGCAAUGAUAUGGAUGGACAAGACUUAGAUUACUUUAAUAUUGAUGAAGGCGCAAAAAGUGGCCCACUAAUUAGUGAUGCUGAACUUGAUGCCUUUCUGACAGAACAGUAUCUUCAGACCACCAGCAUAAAGUCUUUUGAAGAAAAUGUAAAUGACUCUAAAUCGCAAAUGAAUCAGAUAGAUAUGAAAGGCUUAGAUGAUGGAAACAUCAAUAAUAUAUAUUUCAAUGCAGAAGCAGGAGCUAUUGGGGAAAGUCAUGGUAUUAAUAUAAUUUGUGAAACAGUUGAUAAACAAAAUACAAUAGAAAAUGGCCUUUCUUUAGGAGAAAAAAGCACUAUUCCAAUUCAACAAGGGUUACCUACCAGUAAGUCUGAGAUUACAAAUCAAUUGUCAGUCUCUGAUAUUAAUAGUCAGUCUGUUGGAGGGGCCAGACCUAAGCAAUUAUUUAGCCUUCCAUCAAGAACAAGGAGUUCAAAGGACCUGAAUAAGCCAGAUGUUCCAGAUACAAUAGAAAGUGAACCCAGCACAGCAGAUACCGUUGUUCCAAUCACUUGUGCUAUAGAUUCUACAGCUGAUCCACAGGUUAGCUUCAACUCUAAUUACAUUGAUAUAGAAAGUAAUUCUGAAGGUGGAUCUAGUUUUGUAACUGCAAAUGAAGAUUCUGUACCUGAAAACACUUGCAAAGAAGGCUUGGUUUUGGGCCAGAAACAGCCUACUUGGGUUCCUGAUUCAGAAGCUCCAAACUGUAUGAACUGCCAAGUCAAAUUUACUUUUACAAAACGGCGACACCAUUGCCGAGCAUGUGGGAAAGUAUUUUGUGGUGUCUGUUGUAAUAGGAAGUGUAAACUGCAAUAUCUAGAAAAGGAAGCAAGAGUAUGUGUAGUCUGCUAUGAAACUAUUAGUAAAGCUCAGGCAUUUGAAAGGAUGAUGAGUCCAACUGGUUCUAAUCUUAAAUCUAAUCAUUCUGAUGAAUGUACUACUGUCCAGCCUCCUCAAGAGAACCAAACAUCCAGUAUACGUUCACCAACAACUUUGCCAAUCUCAGCACUUAAACAACCAAGUGUUGAAGGACUAUGUUCCAAAGAACAGAAGAGAGUAUGGUUUGCAGAUGGUAUAUUGCCCAAUGGUGAAGUUGCAGAUACAACAAAAUUAUCAUCUGGAAGUAAAAGAUGUUCUGAAGACUUUAGUCCUCUCUCACCUGAUAUGCCUAUGACAGUAAACACAGUGGAUCAUUCCCAUUCUACUACAGUGGAAAAACCAAACAAUGAGACAGGAGAUAUUACAAGAAAUGAGAUAAUUCAGAGCCCUAUUUCUCAGGUUCCAUCAGUGGAAAAAUUGUCUAUGAACACAGGAAAUGAGAGGUUACCUACUUCUGGUUCAUUUACACUAGAUGAUGAUGUUUUUGCAGAAAUUGAAGAACCAUCUAGUCCUACUGGUGUCUUAGUUAACAGCAAUUUACCUAUUGCUAGUAUUUCAGAUUAUAGGUUACUGUGUGAUAUUAACAAGUAUGUCUGCAAUAAGAUUAGUCUUCUACCUAAUGAUGAGGACAGUUUGCCCCCACUUCUGGUUGCAUCUGGAGAAAAGGGAUCAGUGCCUGUAGUAGAAGAACAUCCAUCUCAUGAGCAGAUCAUUUUGCUUCUUGAAGGUGAAGGCUUUCAUCCUGUUACAUUUGUCCUAAAUGCCAAUCUACUCGUGAAUGUCAAAUUCAUAUUUUAUUCCUCAGACAAAUAUUGGUACUUUUCAACCAAUGGAUUGCAUGGCUUGGGACAGGCAGAAAUUAUUAUUCUAUUGUUAUGUUUGCCAAAUGAAGAUACUAUUCCUAAGGACAUCUUCACACUAUUUAUCACCAUAUAUAAGGAUGCUCUAAAAGGAAAAUACAUAGAAAACUUGGACAAUAUUACCUUUACUGAGAGUUUUCUCAGUAGCAAGGAUCAUGGAGGAUUCCUGUUUAUUACACCUACUUUUCAGAAACUUGAUGAUCUCCCAUUACCAAGUAAUCCUUUUCUUUGUGGAAUUCUUAUCCAGAAGCUUGAGAUUCCCUGGGCAAAGGUUUUUCCUAUGCGUUUAAUGUUGAGAUUGGGUGCAGAAUAUAAAGCAUAUCCUGCUCCUCUAACAAGCAUCAGAGGCCGAAAACCUCUUUUUGGAGAAAUAGGACACACUAUUAUGAACUUACUUGUUGACCUUCGAAAUUACCAGUAUACCUUGCAUAAUAUAGAUCAACUGUUGAUUCAUAUGGAAAUGGGAAAAAGCUGCAUAAAAAUACCACGGAAAAAGUACAGCGAUGUAAUGAAAGUACUAAAUUCUUCUAAUGAGCAUGUCAUUAGCAUUGGAGCAAGUUUCAGUACAGAAGCAGAUUCUCAUCUAGUCUGUAUACAGAAUGAUGGAAUUUAUCAAACACAGGCCAACAGUGCCACUGGCCAUCCUAGAAAAGUGACAGGUGCAAGUUUUGUGGUAUUCAAUGGAGCUCUAAAAACAUCUUCAGGAUUUCUUGCUAAGUCCAGCAUAGUUGAAGAUGGCUUAAUGGUACAAAUAACUCCAGAGACCAUGAAUGGCUUGCGGCUAGCUUUACAAGAACAGAAAGACUUUAAAAUUACAUGUGGGAAAGUUGAUGCAGUAGACCUGAGAGAAUACGUGGAUAUCUGCUGGGUAGAUGCUGAAGAAAAAGGAAACAAAGGUGUUAUCAGUUCAGUGGAUGGAAUAUCAUUACAAGGAUUUCCAAGUGAAAAAAUAAAACUGGAAGCAGAUUUUGAAACCGAUGAGAAGAUUGUAAAGUGUACCGAGGUGUUCUACUUUCUAAAGGACCAGGAUUUAUCUAUUUUAUCAACUUGUUAUCAGUUUGCAAAAGAAAUAGCCAUGGCUUGUAGUGCUGCGCUGUGCCCUCACCUGAAAACUCUAAAGAGUAAUGGGAUGAAUAAAAUUGGACUCAGAGUUUCCAUUGACACUGAUAUGGUUGAAUUUCAGGCAGGAUCUGAAGGCCAACUUCUGCCUCAGCAUUAUCUAAAUGAUCUUGAUAGUGCUCUGAUACCUGUGAUCCAUGGUGGGACCUCCAACUCUAGUUUACCAUUAGAAAUAGAAUUAGUGUUUUUCAUUACAGAGCAUCUUUUUUAGUGAAAGAAUGUGCCAUAUUACAUAUUGCAACCUGAUUUGUUAAAACUAACUCCAGCACUAAAGCUGAAAUGCCACAAACACUAAAAGUAUAAAUAUGUCUGAUUUUUGAAACACAUAAGCUUUGCUCUUUAGGCAGGAAUGAUCUUUUCAAAUCAUUAGCACAAUAUUUAAAUAUCUAAAAAUUUAAGAGAUCCAUACUUUCUGAAGCUUUACACUUAAGUACUAAAAAGACAAGGAUUUCUUUUAAGAAAUUUGUAGCAUUUACUGUGUUAUUUACAUGCUAAGCCAAAGUAUCUGCACUUAGGUAUACCUCUUUAUGCCAAUAAUGAUUUUAAUGAAGGCUCUUUUCAGAUGUAACCUUAUGAAGGAAAUAUCUGCUUUAUGUAUAUGCCAGUUAGAAUACUGGUUUCUAAAGUCUGUCAAAUUGUAUUUCAGUGGCACAAAAACCAGUUUCGAGGUCUUAGACUUACAAUUCUUUGAAUAAAACUGAUAACUUAUUUGUAUAAUUGGAGUGGAGACCUACCUCCAUAAUUAGAUAAACUCUUUUUGGAUUAAAAUCAGAAUUUUGCCUUUUUUCUUCUCAAAUUAUUACAUAUGUAUGUAUUAUAUAUCCAUAUAUAUAGUUUUUCCUGAUUAAAUGGAUAUUAAAAUAAUUGCGGGUGCUUCAGGACUUUUUGCUUCUAUAUUUAAGUACAUUGUUUUUAUAGCAAGAACAUAUUCUGAAUGUGUUUUAUAAAUCUUCAAUAAUUUAUAUAUAGGUAAUAUUUUUGUAUCACAAGGCAUUAUUUUUUUCCUCCUUUCCUUCCAAAGUAUACCACUGUAUUUACCACUUCUAAGAGUGACUGACGACAGGCCAGAUGACCUUUGAAGUAGUCAUUAUGUAGCAAUAAAUGAAGCCUGAAACAGGUUUUUUUACUUCCACUUUAAUCCUUAGAAAUUUCUUGGCAACUUGGCAUAUUUUCAUUGACACCAAUGUAUAAGUAUAAAUUUAAAUGAACUAAUUACUUUUGCAUAUUUUAAAUUCUUUAUAUGGUAGUUAUUUUUUAUAACAGGAUAUUAACAUAAGUUAAAUCCUAUGUAUUUGAAAUUGUUACAGAGCUUUCCUCCUUACUUCAAACAGCAAAAAAGUGGGGGGCAUAUUGUAGUCAUGUCAUUUAAGUUAUGUAAAAAGUUUAAUCAUUAUUUUGAUGCUUUAAACAUUCUCAUGUAUAAUAUAUGUUUUUGUAUCAAAAACACUCAUAUAUUUCAAGAAAAAGAAAUUAUGUUAAAUAGCCCUGUUUUAAGAAAAAUAUUUAUGAAGCAUCUCAACUUGAAGAUCAAGUCAAAGUUAUAACUCAGGAUCUGAGGUCUCAAGCUAGGAGAGACCGAGAAUUUUAAUCAGUUUGGGCAUAUAGUUUGGACUGAAUCACAUCUGUAGUACUAGCUUUGGAGGAGAAUAUCAGGCUUCUGGAAGUAGCUACUUCCUGAACAAUGUAAAGUGUUGCAGAUACUCAAUAAAAUGGCAACCUGUUAUAAUUUGUGAAAUUUAUUGAAAUGGUGUAAGGUGAAAACAAUUGCAUAUCAAACCCAAUUUAUGUUUUCUUAAUAUAGUGUGUGUAUUCUGCCGUGUAAGUAAUUGCACAGUCUUAAAAUAACCAAAUGGUAGAGGGCUGUUCCAUGAUGGGAUAGCUUUGGAUUUGUUUUCAUAAAAUCUCUACAUUCAAUAAAAAUUGGAAUUAUGUGCCUGAAGUUUGGAGGCACAUUUUGAAGUAUUCUUUGUAGAUAUAUAGUAUGUUUCUGAAUGUGUUUGUUACUUAUUUGGUCAUUGGUACUUAAUUUGAAAUUUUAAUUUUUUAAGAGUGAAGAAAUAGAAUGGUUCUUUGUACUCAGUCUGCAAUGAUCUAUUUUUGGCUUAUGUCUUUUAAUACUACUCUCUUUCUCUGAAUUUUGAAAUAUGAAGUAAAAUCUAGCCCGUUUGUUUUAUGCAGCUAUUC